CUCCUGGGAGGGAAGUUUUGGAGGGAAAGGCGGGAAACGGAGCUGUCGGGAGAAGAGCCGGUAAUGUGUUCCCCCGCCGGGCCCCUCACUGGAAAACAAGAGCGUCUGACGCCUCCUUAGCGCCUUCAAACUUUGCCCAGCCCUUCAGCCGUGGGAUCUCCCUGGAACUUCCCCGAGACCCUGAGAGCUUUCAGAGAAUGACAGAAGAGACAGAUUUCACUGAGCAAGACUCUGAUGGAGAUAGUGAGGAGGUGGUACUAACUCCUGCAGAGCUUAUUGGAAAACUGGAGCAGGCCUGGUUAAAUGAAAAAUUUUCCCCUGAGCUACUGGAGAACAAGUGUGAAAUUGUAGAAUGUGUCAUAGAGCAGCUGGAUCAUAUGGAAAAGAAUCUCAGACGAGCGAAGAAGGGUGAUUUGAAGGUUAGCAUCCACCAUAUGGAGGUAGAAAGAAUCCGCUACGUCCUCAGCAGCUACUUGAGGUGUCGACUGAUGAAGAUAGAGAAGUUUUUCCCUCAUGUCCUCGAAAAGGAAAAGACACGUUCUAAAGGAGAACCUUCCAUUCUCUCCCCAGAAGAAUUUGCCUUUGCCAAAGAGUACAUGGCCAACAUGGAAACCUAUCUGAAAAAUGUGGCCUUAAGGCACAUGCCUCCUAAUCUGCAGAAGGUGGAUCUCCUAAGGUCAGUUCCCAAACCUGAUUUAGAUUCAUAUGUGUUUCUGAGAGUGAAAGAAAGGCAAGAAAACAUUUUGGUAGAGCCAGAGACAGAUGAACAAAGUGAAUAUGUGAUUGACUUGGAAGAAGGCUCUCAACACUUGAUCAGAUACAAAACCAUUGCUCCUUUAGUGGCUUCUGGAGCUGUACAACUGAUUUAAAACUAAAAAGAAUUGGUGAUAAAGCUAUGUGGUCAUUGAAGAGAUCAUUGGAAUAUCUUGGAGAACUCUGAUCUGUUUUUGCUAAUGAUAAUUAUGACAUUUAUGCAUAUAUCUCAAACUUUUUUCAAUAGGGCUAAUGGACUCUAUGAGACUAAAACAGGAAGGUAGAAAUUCUAAUGUUGUAAAUCUCCUCCUGCUAUUUUAUCCCUUUGUCAGCAGGUGGGGCCAUUGCUCUCUUUAUUCUGAAUGUAAAACCAAUUCUUUCCUGUGGACUAUCAGGGACUGUUUACCAAAUGUGUGUUAAGUGGUAGUGUUUACACCUGUACAAAAGAGCUAUUACUAGUAGAUAGGGAGAAUAAGAUUAUGAGGCUAGUAGGAUUGUUUUAUUUUGUAUUACUUACUGGACUAGCACAAUAUAACUAGAUGUACGUAGGCAUUAUGGUGCUUAUUUUAGAGUACAGGAUCCUUAUGGGAACAAGUCCAUUUUUUUGUGAAGCUCUCUUUUAUAAGCUACAAUAAUGUAUCUACAAUCAAAAAUAUCUCUCACAUGCUCAACUAAGAACCUUAGCAAAACUAAUAGAGUAUUAUAUGUUACAUUUCUGUAAAAGAAGUCUCUGGAAAAUUCGUAGCCUUGAGUCUUAAAAGGCGUAAUUAUUUUAUUGCAAAACUAACACCCUCAGUCUUGAGCAACUUUGGCUAUGCUCUAAUUUAGGAAGCCUGGCUACAUUUUAUUGAUGCUUCACUGUCAUAGGAUAUCAAUUUAUGGAUAUCAAGUAACAGCUUUUUAAGCCAGUUCUGCUGUUACAUUUAUUCCCGUGGGAAAUAGCUCAAGAUGAACCUAAUGUUGGUUGAGAAAGAAUGAGAGUGCUGCAUCACCAGCUUCAUCUAUUUCUGACAUUUUAAAAAGUAUAUUUAUUAACUAACGCUUGAAGUUUUAAUAGAAGUUUAUCUUUUCAAAGUGCUGUGACAUUUAAUUUGGCCUUCACAGCCACCUUUUGAGGUAGCUAGGACAGGCAUCGCCAUAUUAGAGAUGAGUUAACCAGAGAGGUUGACAUGCCUAUUACAGCUAGUUAGUAAUAAACUUGUAUCUACAGUCCAUGUCUCAUGACUCUUACUAGUUGUAGGCUCUGCUAAUUAGCCAAGUCAGUACUCUUAGAUCUAAAUGUCAUCAAUUUCUCUCAUGCUCCUGACAGACUGCAUGUAGCUGUGGUUUCCACUAAAGUGGAUUGCCUAAUUUCCUGGGGUAGUUCCGAAGAUGAUGAUUUAGAAACACAAAUUAAAAGUAAAAAGGAAGUUGCAUUUCAAAAUGAAGUUGGAUAGGAAAUGAUGUAGCAUAGCUUAGUUGGUGCUUUAAAGUGGGACGGAAGGGAGGAAGAGUUGGGGUGGAUUUUUCAAUCACUCUGUUAUAACCAGUGGAGGUACAAUAAGGUUCACUGCGUCAUUUUCUCAACAAUCAAUCACCACAAAUUUCUUCCUGGAAAGAGUACAUUUGAUAUGAUUCAGAACCAGAAGCUUUGACAAUCUCAUGUACACAUAGUCUGUCACAAGGGAAGGAGGGGUUUUCAAGGAAGGCAUUUUGGUUAUUUCCUAAGUGCUGGGUAACUUGUAGUGAAACUCAUACCGCUUUUUACGUGAUUUGUCUUGGCUGCCAGCCAUGACUUAAUGUUGAACGUUUGUAAAAUUCUGUGAUAUAUGAAAAUGUAAUGAUGAGGUAAUGAGUGAUUUUUUUAAAAAAGAAAUAUACCAAGUCUUACACAUCCA